AUGUGCUGUGUCACAGUAGCGCCACGCAGUAUAGCCAGGUCGCACCUACAUCGUGCUCCCCCGACUGCUUCAACUUCUUUGAGCUUCACCUCACCACUUCUCCCCCAGAACUGCGCGCUCCACCAUGGAUGCUAUUCUCCAGGCGCAGUUCCAGCGCGUCGAAACCGCCCUCAACACCCUGAUAGACUCAAUUACAUCCUACAAUCCCUCAACCCAGGCCGCCGUUAACCUCGUAGCAGCCGACGAUGAAUUGAGCAAGGGCCUGGAGCAAUUAGCAGUCCACCAGGCCAACUAUGCUCGCAUUCUCUCCCUCCGCCAGACAGUCACUUCUUUAGAGGGACAGCUGAAAGGCUCUCUCACAGCCCUCGCCGACUUGCGCAAGGAGCUCCUAGCUACGCCCGCAACCACCUUCCCAGCUUCGUCGCGCCAUGUGCCCUUCGACGAAGUGCUGCAGUUCGCAAAAAAUCUAGCUAAAUACACAGCACCAUCAGCAAUUCGCCCACCACCUGCAAAAGAGGUUGCGCCUCCGGAACAAACAGAUCAGGCCGACGUCAACAUGUCCAAUGGAGUGGGCACACCAGCGAAUCGGGGCGCAAACGAUGACCCUGCAAAGGAAAAGGGCGACGGGAAGGCUCAGUCUACCUUGACACAAGCGCAAAAGGACUGGUUAGAGGAGGCAUCGCGAGCACCAUUCAUGCCGUGGCCCACUGACAAUAUAAUCCGGGGAGGUGCACUUGGCCAUAUCCAGGGCAUGAUCAAUCGAGGCCAGGAUCCAGCGACAGUGCUGGGGCCUGCCGAGCAGGAGGCCGAGGAUAAGAGACGAGCCGAAGAGGUGGAGCGCGAGAAACAGGAGCAACAAGAGAGGGAGGCCGAGGCGCGACGACGCGAAAGCGCGUAUGUGUCUGGUGCAAGGCCAACGCAACCACCCCAGGCUGUCUUCCAAGGGUUGGAUAUGUAUGAUCCGGACGAAGACGAAUAGUCAGCUGGUCUCGAUGCGCGCCCUCCAUGUCGAACUACCUGAUACCAAUACGAUCCCCGAACUUCCACUUCGAACUGUUCUGGUACUGUAGCUGAAGCUCUGUGUGCCACCUGUAUACACAGAUCUAACCCAGCCACUGCUAACAAAACUAUGAAAAUCUUGACCCCAUUUCCAUGUCUUUUCAUCUUAACAGCAAAAUAUACCCCUCUAUCUACUCACCCUUCCCCUUUCGCAACAACAUGAACCACCCCUUUUCCCCACCCCUAAAAUAUCGCCACCGCAUUCGGCGGGCUCGCCACCCCGCCGGGCACUUUCAACGGCACACUCGCCACAAAAAAGCUCCACCGCCCCUUCUCCGCACACACCCGCCCCAGCUCCUCCAGAUCAAACAGCUCCCCAAUGGGCACCCCCCACCCAGCCAGCAACCACUG